AUGUGCCCUAAUUUUCUGAGGUAUCUCCUAGCGCUUCUGGUCAGGACUCGUGAGGAGGGUUUGCGAUUUGGUCUCAAAGAGCUUCGCAAAGUAUGUUUAAUGAAGCAAAACAACCAGAAUCCUGGGACUUUUAUCAUGUCUCCCCGCCCAGGUCUUCAGAUCAUAGAAGGAGUUCCAUAUCAUGAAGAGAAGUGGCGAGAACAGUUCUUUGUCUUCAAGGUCGAUCAAGCGUCCAUGGGGAGUUUUGACUUCUCGAAACUUCCUCGUAAUUGUUCCGAAGACAUAGUUCACUUUGGUAGAUCUCUAAUGUCUGAUGAGCUUUGGGGCCUGAUUGAAGUCCUUCGGCGGAGUCAUCCCCAUUGGUCGUCUUUUGAUCAAUCUCGGAUUCGAGCUGCCUUCUUACUCCCGAAAGGAGAGGGUAGGCCUCUAGUUAUCAAAGAUACCACCGAGAAUGAGGUGGGUCGUUUGCUAGAUCAGGAGGAAGUUGCGACUCCUUCUACAAAUUCGUUGUCAUCGAGUAGGUUGGACAGAAAACUUUCGAGGAGGUCGUCGUUUUGGACCUCUCGAUCGACACCAGAAAAUAAAUCUGUCGGGGAGUCGCCUUUGAUCCCGAUUUUUGACUCCAAAGAAGAUGACGAAGCCGGGGCACAAAAGUCUCCUAUCUCUCUAAGUCUUGGCUCUCAGAAUCUUCUCGCCGCUUGUAGGCGCAAGUGA